UUACUUGCUUGCAGCUGAAGUUGGGUGUUUUGAAGAAAAUGACUGUGAGAAGUGAGAUACAUGGGCAAACCACGUCUUGCGUGACAAUAUAUCUUGGUCUCGCGCUCCUUGCUUCAAUAAUAGCCCAAGUCAAUGGCCAGAUGGUGCCUCUUACGAUAAUUGAUAAAGCACAAGAAAAGCUCGCAAUUUGUAUAGAUGGGACUCCAGGAGGUUACCAUUUUGAUCCAGGAUUUGGCGAUGGAGCUAAUAAUUGGAUUAUCAUGUUAAUGGGUGGUGGAUGGUGUGGUCUUAAUAUUUGCCAAUACAGAAUUGGGAAAGAUCUUGGCAGUACAACUAACAUCCCACCUCAAAAUUUUGAAGGAAUUUUAUCUUCGGAUCAAUCAAUUAAUCCAGACUUUUAUAAUUGGAAUAGAGUUUUCAUCCGAUAUUGUGAUGGUGGGUCAUUCAUGGGAGAUGCUCAAAGAGAUGAUAAUGGACACAUUGUGGAACUUAGGGGAUUAAGAGUUUUUACUGCGGUAAUGGAUGAGCUGUUGAACGUAAAAGGAAUGAAAAAAACAGAAAAUGCUAUUCUUGCCGGUGGUUCGGCUGGUGCACUAGCUGCUAUAUUACUUUGUGAUCGGUACCGAGCACUUAUACCUGAUGCUAAGAGAGUGAAAUGUUUGUCGCAAUCUGGUUUCUUCAUUCGAGCAAAAGAUUUACCUGAUGCCAACAGAAGAGAAGGGGGUUUCGCACAUAUUAUUGAUUUCCAUAAUAUGAUCGAUGCAUUGCCCAAGUCAUGCACCUCCAAAAUGAAUGCAAGUUUGUGCCUAUUUCCAGAAUAUGUGGUUGGAGAUGUUCAGACACCACUCUUCUUAUUGAACCCCAUUUUUGAUACAUUUCAGCUACAACAUUUGGUGAGACCAAAUCCUCCUGAGCUUGAUGGGUGGAACACUACUUGCAUCAAUAAUUCACUUGAUCCAUCUCAUCCUCCUUGUCCUGAUCUCACUAGAUGCACACCAUCCCAAAUGCAACUUGUAAAAGAUUAUGGGGGUGCACUUUUAGAUGCAAUAAAUGAAAUUCAAGACAUUCCAUCAAGAGGGCUCUUUUUAAGCUCUUGCUAUGCUCAUGAUUUUGUUCCGGCUACUUGGAGUGCAGCAUCCUACAGACUGCAAGAUAAGACUAUUUCACAAGCCUUUUCUGAUUGGUAUUUCGAUCGAAGUCCUGCUAAAAUGAUAGACAACAGGAUCGAUGCUCCUCUGAAGUGUUGAUUUUGGUAUUUCGAUUGAAACAAUCGGAUUGAUGCUCCUAUUUAAUGACUGCUAACCAGUACUAGUGUUUGGUUUCUUAUUUAGUGCAUCUUCAUGGCCCAAUGUAGGCUGAAAUCUGUUUGGUUUACUUUAAUGAUGUAUGUGUGUUAUAUAUGCUUAUAAUGUUUAUUACCAACAUUUCAUGGAAAAAUAUUUCUAUAACUUUAUUAUAAAAAAAUACUCCGUAGUGUUCUUGAA